ACCAAGCUGAAACUUAAUCAGCACUCGAGCAGUUAGUUAACUCUCACUCCUCUAAUCUGUCGGUUGUUCUAUUGGCCUUAACAUGAUGCUCUUAAAGCACCCGAAAACCAGCCAAUUAAUAGAAAUCAAUGAGUUUUGGCUUCGUGAUCAUUGUCGAUGUGGGGAGUGCCUAAACUUGGUAACAAAGCAAAGGCGAUACGAUGUCUUGGAUCUGCCAGCUAAUGUGAUGCCGCUGAGUGUCAAAUACGAGGGGAUGAAUCUACAAGUGCAUUGGAGUGAUGCCCACCAGUCGAGCUAUGACCUGGAUUUCAUAUUCGACUCACAGCUGGAGAGCUUGAAAGGUCGGCGAUCAAAGUCCAGUAAUCUGACACCCUGGAAUCGCAGCAUUAUCUUGCAAAACGAACGGCACUUACGAUUCCAAUUGCCCCAGCUGGUUUCCAGUGAUAGUGAAGUCAGAUCCCUGGUUGAAUCUCUGGUCCGGUACGGCAUUGUCUUUAUCGAUGAUGUGGCUCCCACUGCAAAUAUGACGGAACUGGCUCUGCGACGAGUCUUUCCCCUUAUGAAAACGUUCUUCGGCGAAAUGUGGACCUUUAGCGAUAACCCCGAUCACGCGGAUACCGCGUACACCAAACUUUAUCUGGGCUCCCACACGGAUAACACUUAUUUCUGCGAUGCAGCCGGAUUACAGGCUCUACAUUGCAUUGAGCACUCGGGAGCAGGUGGCGAAAAUUUCUUCGCGGACGGUCUGCAUGUGGUUCACGAACUUAGACGCCGGUAUCCCGCUGCCUAUGAUGUACUGUGCAGGGUACAAGUUCCUGGAGAGUAUAUCGAAAAAGGAGAGAACCACCGCCACUCUGCCCCCAUUAUACAGGUGGAUCCACUGACUCAGGACUUUGUUCAACUCAGACUGAAUGUAUACGACCGCGCCGUGUUUAAUACCAUUCCUCAAUCGGAGAUGGCCGAGUUCUACGAGAGUCUUCGCCAGCUUUUGCUGAUUGUCAGGGAUAAGGAACAGCAGUGGGCUCUGAAGCUAUGUCCCGGCAGCAUUGUGCUGUUCGAUAACUGGAGAGUGCUCCAUGGUCGAGAGGCUUACACUGGAAGUCGAACCAUGACCGGUUCCUAUGUGCAGCGCACAGAUUUUCUCAGCAAGGCUCGGGUGUUGGGAAUUAUCGAAUGACAGCCGCGAAUGGUAAUCCCUAUUCUUGUCCUAUUUUUGAUGGUUAAUUCCAAAAAAAAUUUUAAACGGGAUAGCAAGCUAGCAAGCAAGCCGAAUCUUAUAUUUCCUUGUACAAUUAAUAGACUUGAAAAAUAACAGAAUUAUAUCCAUUUAUGAUCAGCAAGACGGGAAUCAUGACUUAUUUUCUAUAAUUUCUGAUUAAUGUUCCGAAAUUUCCCUGCCUGAAAACCAAGUUACUAGUUUGUGUAAAAACGGAUGGACGGACAUGGACAUAUUGACUCGACUGUUGAUACUGAUCAAGAACUUCUUCACUAACUUCUUGAAAUCAUUAUACCUUCUGAUAGCUCAAAUAAGAGCAAAGUGCAAAACCGUAACAUUUUCCAGGAAUAUCAUACAUUGUCUAAGAAAAUUGGAGUCCAGCUUUGUGAAAAUAAAAAAAUCUUCCGAA